ACACGACAUACCGGUGCGCGUUGAAGCUACAAAUGAGGAUGCUGCGAAAAGACUUCUGAAGAGUUGUCCUCCCCUCUAACGAGCAGGUCACCCUGAGAGGGUAAUUAUUUGUGACUUAAAUGGCGGAGGAAUUGUUGGUGGAAAACGAUGCAAAAGUCAAGGGGCACCUCACAAAGUCGCUGCUGGCGGUGGCUUUCCUGGCCUCGUUCGGCAGCUCCAUGCUCUACGGCUACAACCUGGCAGUAGUCAACUCUCCCGCGCAGUACAUCAAAAGCUUCUAUAAUGAGACAAUGGCAGAAAAUUACGACUGGAUCCCAGAUGAGGGUCAUCUCACCAUUUUGUACUCCCUCACUGUCUCAGUCUUUGCCAUUGGUGGGAUGUUUGGGUCCCUACUAGUGGGCAGACUCGUUACCAAAUAUGGAAGGAAAGGGACUCUGGUGAGAAUCACCGUUCUGGUGUUUAUAGGAGGAGCUCUGAUGGCCUUCAGCAGAUGGAACAGAAAUCCUUGGAUGGUAAUCAUUGGUCGCUUCAUCACAGGAUUACACUCAGGGAUCUCUCUCAGUGUGGUGCCGAUGUACCUCGGUGAGAUUGCCCCCAAGAACCUAAGAGGCUUCCUCGGCCUCAUUCCCAGCAUCCACAUUUGUCUCGGAGUUUUCAUUGCUCAAGUCUUGGGGCUCUCUGAACUCCUAGGAAAGGAAGAGGACUGGCCUCUGCUCCUCUCCAUUAUAGUGUUUCCUACUGUGGUCCAGCUAAUGCUGUUGCCAUGGUUUCCAGAGAGUCCACGAUACCUGCUGAUAGAGAAAGGGAAUGUGCACGCCACUAUCAAAGCCCUGAAGUGGUUCCGUUCUAAAGGAAACAUCCAGGCUGAGAUUGAGGAGAUGCAAGAGGAGCAGCGCUCCCUGUCCUCCAUCCAGACCCUCUCUGUCUGCAGCCUGUUCAUGGACCGCUGUGUCCGCUGGCAGGUCAUCACUAUUGUGGUGUUAAACAUUGGCAUGCAGCUCUCAGGAAUUGAUGCGAUCUGGUUCUACACAAAUGACAUAUUUAAGAAUGCAGGAAUCCCAGAGCCUCUUAUCCAGUACACGACGGUCGGAACUGGUGCCAUUGAGGUCAUCGCAGGGUUGCUGGGGUGUUUUACUGUCGAGCGUCUGGGCAGAAGACCUCUGAUUAUUGGCGGCUUUCUCUUCAUGGGAAUGUGCUGCGCUGGGAUCACUGUGUCCGUCCUCUUCCAGGUGCAGCUGUCAUUCAUGCGCUACAUCAGCGUGGGCUGCGUUGUUGGAAUUAUUGCCGGCUUCUGCAUAGGUCCAGCCGGCGUGCCUUUCCUCAUCACUGCCGAGCUGUUUAAGCAGUCUCACCGACCUGCUGCCUACACCGUGGGUGGUUGUCUCAACUGGCUGUCCAACUUCACCAUUGGUUUUGUCUUUCCCUUCCUAGAGACGAGUAUGGGUCCGUACUGUUACCUGAUCUUCUGUGCCAUCUGCGUGGGAGUGGCCCUCUACACCAUCUUCAUCGUUCCUGAAACCAAGAACAAAACCUUCGUGGAGAUCAGCCAGAUGUUCGCUGCCAAGAACAACAUCUUUGAAGAGGAGCUGAUGGCCAACGGUGAUCUGAAAAUGGCUCAGGUGAAGGGCUAUCAAACCAUCGCCUAAUAUGAAUAAGAAGAGCCCAGCAGGAGAGAGGAGAUCGACUGACUUUAUUAGGCUGUGUACUUUACAUGGUCAAAUUGGCCAUUGGUCACACUUUAAGUCUCUUAGCAUCUUAAAGCAUUUUUAAUGGGAAGUUUUUACCCAAUAGUUUCACUUAUCUUGAACACACACUUAGCUUAAAGAAGGAAUUUGUGGCCGUGAACGUGAUGUGAGUAAAGCAAUACUACUAUUACUGUAUGUUUACACCUUUGAGCUCAAGGUGAAUGUCUUGAGCGAGAGCUGGAGCUUGUUUGUUGUCUUUUGUUUAGUAAUUUAGUGUCUCUCUUUAAUGAAGAGAACUGAAUAUUGUGGCUACUGUAGUAGUCAUUCCAUGUAUCUUAUCAAAAGAAAUGCACAUUUUUGUAAUUCUUUAACAAGUUUUACAAUUUAUCAAUGAAUCUGAGCUGAACACACUUUGAACAUGACUGAUUUUGUCUGUGCUGUACCAUGAUAUAAAGGCUCCAAUGCUUCGGGUGUUUAUGUUUUUGUUUUCUACAGCUGUGGUGAUGCUGGAACACAAAGCUGCUCCCAUAUUUAAAUUAAAAUAAAAGUGAAAUAUCA